AUGUAUGGCGCGGCCGCAUCUGAUGUGGUGCGCGGCGUGGCGCAUGAUGUAUUCAAGAAAGGCGACAGCCUCGCGGGCGGCCGCUACCGCCUGGACUCGAAAAUCGCCGACGGCCGCUUUGCUAGCAUCUGGCUCGGGAGCGACUCAGCGCGGAGCGGUGCGCCCGUUGUCCUGAAGCUGCUGGAGUCUGGGGAUGCGCCCACCUACAGCGCGGGCGCCAGGGAGGCGGCCGCGCACACCGCCGCCGGGCGCCACCCCAACAUCGCGCGGCUGCUGGCCACGUUUGAGCACCGCUCGAAGGGCGGCCGCCACGCGUGCAUGGUCAUGGAGCCGCUGGGGUCGAGCCUGGAGGAAGCUGCAGCCCUCUGCGGCGGCGGCCUGGGGAUGGGCCUACCGCUGGGCGCGGUGCGGGGCGCGGCGCGGCAGGCCCUGGCGGCGCUCGACCACCUGCACAGGCAGCAGCGCUACGCCCACAUGGCCGUCACCCCCUCCAACCUGCUGCUGGACAAGCCCUUCCGCUCCCUCGCGCCGCCGCCACCCUCAAACCCCCUCGAGGCGCUGUGGCGCUCGUUCCAGGCCGCGUGGGGCCAGGUCUCAAACGCGGCGGCAAACCCCGACCCGGGCGUCACGGCCGCCGCCGCGGCCGCCGCGGCCGCCGCGUCGACGUCCGGCAGCGGCGGCAACGGCGGCGACUCGUAUUCGGAGGCGAGUCUGUCGAGGGCUGCGGUGAAGCUGUGUGAUUUCGGCAGGGCGCUGCCGUUGGAUCGGCUGGGGGAGCCGCAGGGCAGGGAGCCCCUCAUGAUAUUCGCCAGCCCAGGCUACCGGCCACCAGAGGAGGUGCUGGGGCUGGAGUACCGCGGCCCCUCCUAUGACAUGUGGAACCUCGGCUGCACCCUCUUCUCGCUGGCGACGGGGUCGGACCUCUUCCACCCUGAGCGCGGCCCAAGCGGCGCCGACCAGGGGGAGGGGCAGGGACCUGGCAGUGGCAGGGAUGGCGGCAGCGGCGGCGGCGGGCCGGCGGGCGGCGGCGGGCGGCGGUUUUGGGCUGAGUUUGACGGCAACGACGCCCACCUGGCGCAGAUGGUCGCGACGCUGGGGCGCAUCCCGCGGGAGAUGGUCAAGGCCUCCCCGCUGCGGCGGGUGUACUUCCUGCCCAGCGGGCGGCUGAGGGUGGAGGCGCGCUACGACAUCGAGCGCUGCCCCCUGGCGCAGCUGCUGGCCGAGGGCCACGGCCUGGAGGAGGACGAGGCGGCGGGUUUUGCAGGUUUUUUGGCGCCGCUGCUGGAGGUCGCGCCAGAGCGGCGGCCGAGCGCUGCAGACAUGCUGAGACACAAGUGGCUGCAGGAAGCUAAGGAGGACGGCGGCGGCGACGGCGGUGGCAAGGAGCGCAUGGCAGCAGCCGGCGCGGCCGAGCCAGAGCGGGACGGCGCAGCCCAGGGUGAUGGCAAGGGGACACGGCGGCGGGGCUGGUGGUGGGGCCGGAGAUAG